GGAGGGGAGCGGUUGGGAGGGAUGAGGGAGGACCUGAGCCUGGCCUCAGCCUGGCCGCGAGGACCCUGCCAGACAUCGUGUGGAUAUCUUUACUGUAGGUGUGUCCGCAUCAUUCGUACGUUUCCACGAUGCUUCCAGUCACCACAUGGCCUUAAGGUGCAAACCAAGUCAAGUGAGGGGAGUGAGCAAUCAUGAGUCCUUUCCAGCAGCUAAAAGGUGAAGAACAGGGCUAAGAAGUGGAAGAUUACCAGGUCAUCAUGACCAACACAUGGACAGUAUGGGGCCUCCUACUGUCCCUGGCUGCACCCUCCUUCACCUACAAGAUAUCUACUCUGGAUGCAAUGGAGGUGUGCAACGAGACCAUCUAUCUGGGUGCUGGACUCAAUUCAGCUGCCAUUCUCACUCUUACCUCAAAAAGUUACUAUGACUACACCCCGAUGCACUGCUACAUCCGUUUUGUUGCUUCCAUGCACCCAUGGUCCGGGCUCACUGGUGUGCUGGAAGAUAUAGACCUGAGGCGCUUUGACGAUCCCAGUAGACAUCACCAUCCUGAGAAUGACUGUGUUGACUACAUAAUAAUAAGGGACCAAACAGAUUUGCCACAAGGACGUCAGUGUGGAUCUUGGUCAGUGGGAGUCCGGGAUGAGCUGAGUCCCUUAGGGCCAAAGCGGGCACUGGUAGGGUAUUGCCCUACUCACUCAACAACUUCAAGCUCUGGCUCACAACGUUGUGGUGUGUCAACAGAGAUACAUGUGGAGGUAUCAGUGGGAGAGCGUGACAACUUACCCCUAUGGAGCAAUGUGAAGUGGGAAAGACACAGAGGCUUCAGGCUGGUUAUUACAGCCUAUGGCCACUCUUAUGGUGAGUCAAAAUGUGCUGAUGGAUUGCGGUCAUGUGGUCUUAUUGACCACCAGAAAGAGAUGUGUGUUCAUGAAUCACUCUGGUGUGACCACCACAUCAACUGUGGCCAACCUCACAACCUAGAUGAGAUGUCUUGUUUCAGCUCUUAUGUCACCAUGGAAGGUCUGGUGCCUGUGAUGGUGGGGCCUUGGGUGGGUGCAGCACUUCUACUGCUCUUGCUGGUGGCUGGAGUGGUUUACUGGCGCCAUGCUCGACCUCCUGCUCCUAGGGAUCCUCGUCCACCACAGGAACUAAACUCAUAUGCAGAAUCUUAUGAGGUGUCCUCUACUUUAUCCUCAGCUCACCAUAUGGCUAUACAGGUGCGAGUGGUGUGUAACUCAGGGCAUGGCAUGGUGGGCAAUGGAGCAACACACCUUACCACUACACAGCUGCCACCCCCUCACUCACUCCAUAGAUGGCCUGGAUCAUCCACUGCUACCAUGGACCUUCCACCCUCAUAUGAAUCUCUCUUCCCACACGGGCCACCUUCCCCCAGGGGUUGCAUGGCUGCCACUCCUGCAACCCCUGCAUCUGCUGCCAGCCUGGACAUCACUGCUACUACCACUUCCUUGCUCUCCCUGGGUUCAAGUACAGGGGCUGCCUCACCAGGCCAUAACUACCCUCCUGCUUCUGCUUCUACUACCCAGACUUCAAAUAUUGUUAUUCCUUUGAGUGCUAUCUGUAGCUCUACACACUCUCCCAGCAUAAACACAACUUCCACCACAGUUACCACAGCACCCUCCUCCCAUCACAGCAGCAUUACUACCAAUAAUGAAGCUGCAUCCACUUCCAGUACUUUACCUGUAUCAUCUAGUUCUGCCUCUGUUGACCAAGUAGAUGCCCCAUCUGUAGAAUUCACACCCCUUGUCCAACCAGAAGAUUCAGCCAUUUCUCCAUCCAGCUUGUGUGGGGAUCCUCUCCAACACUGUAGCACCACACACCACACACCCUGCCCACCUCCUCCACCAUAAAACAAUAUGGCUCCAUCUAGUGCUGCUUCAAGGUUUGCCACAAUCCUCUAAUACUACAUACUCCAGAAUCCUUUCUGUUAGUCAAGUGAUUCACUGGAGUUAAUGUAAAGAAGCUUUAGUGCAGAUUGUAGCAAUGACUGAAAAAAAAAGUAAUUGAUGUAUCUGAAGAGAUGGGAGAGAUGGAGAAACUGUGAUGUAAUGCGUAUAAAGCAGAAAAUAUAUAUGAAGCAUAAAUUAAGAGAACAUAAUGUUUAAUGCAAUAAAGGAAAACUAUCUUGGAUUGCAGUAGAGUAGAUGUCCUGAUGUCUUUUGUAAGGUUCUUGUAUAUGAUAUGUGGAGAAAAUUGGAGCAGUUAUGAAAGUGAGCUAAGUGUGUGGUGAAGAAACUGAUUUGUUCUGAAGUAGUAUAAAGGAAAUACAUCAUAUGGAGUUCUUUAAAUGAAUAUGAAAACUUUUCUAAAAUCAUGUGUGCUUAAUCAUGGGAAUGUACAAAGUAAUGUGUGAGCUUGCUAAUCUUAGUAGCAUGUGUGGACUAGCUCCAGAUUUUGUCAAAAUUAUAUUAAGUGGCUUGUUAGGUAAGGAGAAUUCAAUCUAUUGAAUUUGAAAAUUUAGCAACCGGAAAAAUUGCCAUAUAAUUAAAAAUUAAGUAUAUAAUUGAAUAUUAGAGUUAGAUACUUAAAGAUCAUUUAUGGAUAAAUGUCCUGACAUUCUUUUUUUUUUUUUUUUUUUUUAUUCAGGUUUGAAUUUAAAGUAAUGAAUAUUAACAAUUUGGCAUAUUUUCAUAAUUCAUAUAGAUUUGGAAUGUGAAAUUAAAUGUCUAAAUUGAAAACCACAAGAAAUAGAGCCUAAAUAUUUUGAUACAUAUAUAUUUUUGAAUAAGAUAACCCAUGUUAGGUGGCACAGUGAAUGCAAGAACUCCAAGUUUUACCAACCAUUCCUGAAUGAGGAAGUGGACAGUGUUAUUAAUGUAUGUAUAUAAAACAUGUAAGUGAAAACUAGCAGGUCUUGCCUAGCUAGUAUGAGAUUACAGAGGAAAGGUCUUUAAUGUUAGAAAAAAGAAGUGUGUGUGUGUGUGUGUAACUGUCAAG